AUGGAGGGAACUGAUGGUCAACCAAAGCGCCAGCGCGAGAUCCCCAAGUUCGCGUCCUUCCAGCCAAAAUCUGAGCCCAAGUCGGAUAGUAAGGUUGAGAAGGUUUCAGGCUCAGAAAAGGAACGCGGACGGUCUUCGGCAUCAAGAGAGGAAUCCAAGAGGCAUAGGGACGACGGAAGGCGGCGUGAUAAUCGUUCGCGGUCGCGCAAUCGCGAUAGGGACCGUGACCGGGUAAGAGACUGGUCAAGGGAGCGGGAUCGGGAGCGUGAAAGGGACCGUAACAGGGACCGGGACAGGGAUCGGGACAGAUCUCGGGAUAGGGACCGUAAUAGGGACCGGGAGAGAGAGAAGAUUAGGCACCGCGACAGAGCGAGAUCCCGCGAGAGGGAUGCGUCCCGCGAGCGGCAUCACAAUAGGGAAAGGGACCGCAAUAGAGACCGCGAUCACAACAACCCCCGUGACCCGCGGUUUGAACCCAAUGACCUCUACACCAUAGACACAAAAGGAGACCCCCUAAUCCUCCAAUACGGCUACAACGACCCGGCCAAAGUGCCCCACUACCGCCGACGCAACGGCCGCGUCCUGGGCUCUGACGGCUGGCUGAUCUGGCACGACGACACCUUCCCUCCAACCUUCUCUAUCGUCGAACGCCGGCCCGGCUCCGAGGAUGCUGUGCCCGUUCUGAGGGAUAAGACCCUCAUGUCGGCAGCGAAGAGGAUCAGGGCGAGGAGUAUCAAGCCGCCGGAGGGGGAGGAGGGGGCACGGGUUGACUUUGGGGCGGAUUUUUAUCCCUCUGGAAUAGGGGAGGGGAAGGGAGAAGGGAAGGGGAAGGGGAAGGGGAAGGGGAGGGAGGAUAGGGAGAGGGAGACGUCGCCGGGAUUGUUGCCAGAGUAUCGAUCUGUGUAUACGCUUAAGCCUAAAGACAAGCAGCCUUCUCCCGACAGCGACUCCUCAGGCUCAGGUUCAGACUCCGAAGCUGAACAGGACCUCCCCCUCCCCGAAACAACCCUCCGGGCCCGCAACCUCUCCCACUCUCUCCUUUCACAUAUUAAGUCUAACCCCUCAGAUAUCCCUUCCUACCUAGCCCUCAUAUCCCUCCAGCCCCACCUCCCCCCUUUCUCCUCCAAAUCCGCUCUCACUCUCCCCGAGUCUAAAGCCCUUGCCUCACUGCGUCUAGACCUCUACCAGCAGGCACUGCAGCACUGCCCCCGGGAUGCGCCAGAGAGGGAGAGAUUGCUAUUAGGCAUGUUGCGUGAGGGGGGGAAGUUGUGGGAGCCCACUGUCACGAGGGAGAAGUGGAAAAAGGUCGUCGAAGAGAACGGCGGAUUUGGGGUUUGGAGGGGAUGGGUUGAUUGGGAGAUUGGGAGGGUGGGGGGUUGGGGAGUUGAGGAGGGACGGGAGGUGGUUGCUAAAAGAUUAAGAGAGGUUGAAGAUAGGCUUGCUGCCUCAUUAUAUUCUGUUGAGGGGGCUGUCAGGGAGGAAGAUGUAGAUGCCCUGUGUGACGAAGCAGUCUACAUCUUCCUCCGCUUAACCCGGCUGCUCCACGACGGGGGGUAUACCGAGCUGGCAGUUGCCGCGUGGCAGGCCGUUCUCGAAACCGUCUUCAACCGCCCCGCCGGGCUCAUCAACGCCGCUCGUGACGCUGCCCUAGACGAAUUCGCCUCCUUCUGGGAGAGCGAAGUCCCCCGGAUCGGGGAAGACGGCGCCAAAGGUUGGCGGGCGUGGCUCGAAGCCGGCGGCGACGACGAGCUUCCCCUUCCCGAGCCGACGGCUACCUCACCCCAGGCCGUGCAUCCCAAACGAACAGGAGACCCCAUCCUUGACUGGGCUGCCCUGGAGCUUUCUGCAGCAAGCAAGACACGUCUCCCAGCCCGCACCCUCGACGAGGGCACAGACGACGAUCCGUUCCGGGUCGUCAUGUUCUCCGACCUGCGCGAUCUGCUUAUCUGGUUCCCCUACCCCCGGACUGCCGCGCGUCAUCCCCAGGCUGACGGAUGCGUUUCUUGUGUUUUGGGACAGUGGCACGACCUGGAGCACAACAGGCCGGGGUUGAUAAACGAAGAGGAGGAAGAUGUCUCGAGGAAGAAGCCACAGUUUCGCCAGCAGGGAGGGGGCAUGACUAUGUCCCAAGCGGUGUUGUUUUCUGAUGGGGAGACUUGGUUCCGGUACUUGGAUGCCUGGUCGGCUGUGUUUAGAGAAAGGGAUAGCCAGGUUGAUGCAGGCUGGGUGAGGAGGACGUUGAGGCAUGUGGUUACUGCCGGGGGCGUAGAGGGACUCGCGGAGUAUUACCUAGCGUUGGAGUGGGUCAAUGAGCCGGCUGGGGCGAGGAGGGUUGCGAAGGGGUUGUUGAGGCAAUAUAGUGGGAAUUUGAGGCUGUAUACGGCGUAUGCGAUGGUUGAGUGGGUGAAUGGGAAUGGGGAGGUUGCAGAGAAGGUGUUGGCUUCGGCGACGAGGUUGGUACAGCCCUCAACUCGUGGAGCACAACUGCUCUGGAAUACCUGGGCCUGGAUGUACCUCUCCUCCGGGCAGAAAGAUACAGCACUUGCUCGACUAUGCUCGUCAGUCGACCGUAGCUCUGACACUAUCUUGACGGUCUCUCCUGCCUUGCUGCUCCGGGCCAGAUCACACUUCUCUGCUACUCGCGAUUAUGCCUUAUCUUCACAUGAUACCGAGACCGCCACGCUGUAUGCAGAAAGUCUGAUGCUUCUGGAGUAUAUGUCCUCUGAAGGCAGCGAGGCAACGACCUCCGAGAAGCAGGGCAACCUUGCUGCAGCACUGGAAAGUGUACACGCCUUUAGUAAGGAGCUUAACUCACGAGGACAGGGGAAAUCUUCGCAUUUUCAAUGUCUUCUGCAGUCAGCAGCGAGGUUGGCGUAUUACCACGCGACACAUGGGCCCUACCGUCCCGCAACCCUACGCGCCCAACUCCAAUCCCUGCUCUCCCUCUCCCCCCAAAACACCAUCCUCCUCACCCUCUUCGCCUGGUCCUUCCAAUCAACCUUUUCCCUGCACGACCCUGUGCGCGAGCACCUCGACUCCAUCACCUCUCGACGACUACACAAGCUUCUUGACUCGGCCGAACCCAACAAUAACACCCCCGACCAGGCCCUAGGAGAUGACUCCGACACAGCCCUAACCCUCCAAACCCUCCGCUUCACAAUCUCCCAUGCCGCUCGCCGCCCGGGACCAACCUUCCACGCUGUGCGUGCCGCAUUCGAGGCGGCGUUAUCUACCACCGAAGACCCCCAUUCAUCUUUUGUUGAAGAUAUCACUGCCCACCAAUACAUCUACACUUCACCACCCCCUAUCCAUACCCCCGACCUCUGGCUGCAAUACCUCCGCCUCGUAGCCCGCCACGCGGAGCAGGAACUCCGCCGCCGCAACCUUAGCUGUAAAUCACGGCACGGAAAAUCCAACACGAAGGAGGACAAGAGGAAAGGGGGGAGGUGA